AAACCCACCCUUGGCGGCUGAAAUAAUCCCCCAUCUUUCUCUCUCCUAGGGUUUCUAUCCCCUUUUAUAUCUAUCUGUAUCUAUAUCUAUAUAUAUAUCAUAUAUUUUGAAAACAUUUGGGGGUUAUUAUCCUGUUGUUGGAGAUCUAUCUAUCCAUCUAUCCGAUCCAAUCAUGGCUGCUGUUGCUCCUCCUGCAGAUCAAGCUGCUGAUUUGUUGAAGAAUUUGACAUUGGAUUCUCAAUCUAAAACUUUGGAAAUCCCUGAGCCUACUAAGAAGCCUUCGAGUAAUACAACGGUUGAUACUGUGAAUGGUCAGAACCAAUCUUUAGAUAGGUCGGUUACUCCUUUGAUACCAGAUUAUAUGGAUCCAACGGUUGCGUAUAUUCCCAAUGCUUAUGCUUCUACUCCGUAUUACUAUGGAGGUUACGAUGGGACUACCAAUGAAUAUGAUGACUAUUCAAGAUAUGUUAAUCCUGAUGGGGUUGAUCUGUCUCAUGGAGUUUAUGGUGAUAUGUAUCAUGGCUAUGGAUAUCCAACAUAUAGUCCUUAUUCACCUGCAACUUCACCUGUCCCGACAGUUGGCCAUGAUGGUCAGCUUUAUGGAGCUCAACACUACCAGUACCCAAACGCCUAUUUCCAGCCCAUGACUCCAACUAGUGGGCCUUACUCAUCGUCCGCUGUUCCUGCUAAAGGUGAGAAUACACCAUCUGCAGCUGCUGACCAGCCAUCGUUGACUGUGGACACUGCUAAUGGAAAUUCUAAUAACAUUGUAAAUGGUGGGGGUGUCAAGGGAAACACUGGUUCGGCCUCUUUGAGACCAACAACAUAUCAGAAUUCCUAUAAUGCGAAUGGUUCAUAUGGAAGGGGUGCACAAAAUAGUUAUCAGGAUCCAAGAUACAGUUAUGAAGGGCUUCAUUCCCCGAUCCCUUGGUUAGACACUACCUUGUAUACCGAUGGACAAGCUAGAAACAUCUCUAGCAUUGCUCCUCUUUCCAGUGGGAAUGGCGUUGCAUCAAGAAAUCAAAAUCUCCGUCCUCAUUCUAAUAUCAUGGGUUUACAGAGCCCAAGACCAAUGUCGGCAGUUAAUACUGCAAGUGGAUACAUGAAUCGGAUGUAUUCUAACAAGCUAUACAGCCAAUACGGGAGCAACUAUCGUUCGGGUUAUGGUUAUGGUUCCAAUGCAUAUGACUCACAAAUUAACGGGCGUGGUUGGUUGGCAACUGAUAACAAAUUCAAGCCUAGAGGACGAGGUAACGGUUUCUUUGGUUACAACAAUGAAAAUGGAGAUGGUUUAAAUGAGCUCAACCGAGGUCCUCGGGCACGGACAGUGAAGAACCAAAAGGUUUUGGCUCCGAUCACGUUAGCUGUCAAGGAACAAAAUAUUAACGUUACACCUGGUGACAGUGUUGAGAAGGAGUCCGAGGUUAAGGAGAAGGUGAGUGCUGCUCCAGAUAGAGAGCAAUACAACCAGCCCGAUUUUCCGGAUACUUAUGAAGAUGCCAAGUUCUUUAUAAUUAAAUCAUACAGUGAGGAUGAUGUUCAUAAGUGUAUCAAGUAUAAUGUUUGGGCGAGUACACAAAAUGGAAACAAGAAGCUUGAUGCGGCAUACCAGGAGGCUCAGCAGAAGUCUGCACCCUGUCCAGUUUUUCUUUUCUUUUCGGUCAAUACAAGCGGACAGUUUGUUGGUGUUGCUGAGAUGGUGGGGCCAGUCGAUUUUGACAAAAGCUUAGAGUACUGGCAACAAGAUAAGUGGAUUGGUUGUUUUCCAGUAAAGUGGCAUAUUGUUAAGGAUUUACCAAACAGCUUGUUGAAGCAUAUCACUCUUGAAAACAACGAGAAUAAGCCAGUUACCAAUAGCAGGGAUACCCAAGAGGUGAAGUUAGAGCAGGGGUUGCAGGUAAUAAAAAUUUUCAAAGAGCAUUCCAGCAAGCAAUGCAUAUUAGAUGAUUUUGAGUUCUAUGAAGACAGACAAAAGAGAAUCCAAGAGAAGAAGGCAAAGCAACAGCAGUUUCAGAAACAGGCUUGGGAAGGAAAACCCAAAGAAGUCAUUAAGGUGGAGGUUGCACCACCAAAGGUGACUGAUACUCCCCAAGAAAUAGUGAAAGAAGCUACUCCUGUUAAUAUAAAUGGAGAGGUGAAACCUGCAGAGAAAAAGAUUGUAGUAAAUGGGGUUGCAAAUGGUUGUUAGACUUGGGCAUGAAAGCGGGUGGGCCCAAAAGAAGCCCUUCGGGUUACAAAAAUCUGAAAUGGCUUUAUUUGGGAAGUGCUGCCCGCUGCACUAAUGGGAUCCAGCCUUUGAGAAUGUACACAAGAACUAGGAAGUUGCCAUGGCCAUAGUUGUUUCGGUCUGGCAUGUAAAAUGGGAGGAUCCAGAUUUGGAAGCCUGGAAUUCAAUCAUGCGGUGGGUCGUCUCUUUUAUAGUUUUUUUCAGCUUCUAACAGGGUUUGGGUUUUAGGUUUAUUUGCAUCUUUAUACUAUGUUUCAUUUUAGUAUCUCUUCUUUUUUUUCACCACUUGUGGCGUUUAAUAUUAGUGAUCUGUUUUAGUUUUUGUUUGUUUUUUCCUUUAUCAGUUAGUACUUAGUAGAGUGUGGCAUAAUCCUGCCGUGUAUAUCUAGAAUACAUUUGGAUAAGGUUUUGUGGUUUGCGAAGAGCUAGAAAUGCAAGGUGGGACAGUUUACUUGUCGUAAUAGAAGUUAUAUAUGCUCAUUAAA